AUGGUUAUCAACAGCUCUGGACCCGAUACUUAUACCAAUGGAGUUGGUGGUCUCCAUGGGACUGCCGACUCAGUUGAUUCCAACUUUCUCGCCGAAGGCAAUGCUGUCCCUGAUCUUGGAGCUAUAGGUGAUGCGCCCCAAACCUCACUUCAAGCCCCCAUUGCCGUGGUUGGAAUGGCAUGUAGGCUCCCCGACGAGUGCCAUUCUCCAGAGGCAUUCUGGAGAUUCAUUGAGCGAGGUAACAUUGCGAAAAAUCGACCUCCUUCGUCAAGGUUCAACAUUGAUACUCAUUAUGAUGGAUCCCUGAAGAACAAGACGAUGGCAUCCCCAGGAGGAAUGUUCCUCCAAGGUAUUGAUGUCCAAGAUAUUGAUGCCCAGUUUUUUAAACUCUCUCGACUGGAGGCCGUGUCUAUGGACCCCCAACAGCGGCAGUUGUUGGAGGUUGUUUAUGAGGGACUCGAAAACGCGGGUGUUACCCUCGAGCAACUGGACGAGUCACCUGUCGGCUGCUUUGUCGGGUCAUUUGCCUGUGACUACGGAGACAUCCAAGCCCGAGACCCGGAGGACAGAGCUGCUGCGACGACAGUUGGAAUUGGACGUGCCAUGCUGAGCAACCGAAUCAGUCACUUUCUGAACAUCAAGGGUCCUAGCAUGACCAUCGACACCGCCUGCUCUGGUAGCUUGACCGGUGUCGAUGUCGCUAGUCGAUACCUCCAGACUCGUGAGAUCAAGGGUGCUAUUGUUGCCGGUGCCAAUAUCUAUCUCAGCCCUGAGCAUGUCAUGGACCACCACUUCGGUGCCAAUGGAACAGCCUCGCUCACAGGAAAGUGCCACACGUUUGAUGCCAAGGCAGACGGAUACAUCAAAGCCGAGGCGGUCAACAUGGUCUAUCUCAAACGUCUCGAUGAUGCUCUCCGUGACGGCGAUCCCAUUCGUGCCAUUCUGCGCGGUACUGCCACCGGCAGUGAUGGCUGGACAGCCGGUAUUGCCAGCCCCAACUCACAAGCCCAGGCAGCCGCUAUUCGACAGGCGUACGCAAAUGCUGGCAUUUCUGACUUGUCUUUGACGAGUUAUGUCGAAUGUCAUGGAACUGGUACCAAAGCUGGUGAUGUGAUCGAGGUUAACGGUAUCGCAUCGGUGUUUGGCAAACAUCGAACUCCUGAGAAUCCCUUGCGGAUUGGAUCUGUCAAGAGCAAUAUUGGUCACUCAGAGCCUGCAGCCGGAAUCUCUGGUUUGUUGAAAGCAAUUCUCGCCCUUGAGAGGGGUGUUAUCCCUGGAAAUCCCACAUUCCUAACUCCGAACCCCAAUCUUGACUUCGAAAAGCUUUGCCUACGUCCCUCCAAAGCCACAACAAAUUGGCCUGUCGUUCCUUUCCGACGAGCUAGUGUGAACUCCUUUGGAUAUGGUGGCUCUAAUGCCCAUGUCAUUGUUGAUGCUGCCGCUGGACUCAGCAAGCACGUGACCUCUUACACGGGCGAAAGCGACGAUAUCUUUGCAGAUGAUGCAGGACUGGAGAAACCUUACCUUUUGGUCCUUUCGGCCAAUGAUGAGGAUUCCCUCCGUGCUCAAAUCACGUCGCUAGACAAGCAUCUCUCGGACCCUGCCGUUGAUGUGAAGAUCCGAGAUUUGGCACACACCCUCUCCAAUCACCGUACACGCCAUUAUCAUCGAGGAUAUCUGAUCGCGAACAGUAAUGCCAUCGAUGUUGAUGAUGUGAUUAUGGGAACACCUCGCUCAGAUCCACCAAAGAUUGGCUUUGUAUUCACUGGACAGGGCGCUCAAUGGGUGCAGAUGGGCAAGGAUCUUGUUACAUUCCCUCUGGCAAAAAAAGAGUUGGAGCAUUUAGACAAUGUUCUGGCAAACCUCCCCGAACCUCCUCGGUGGUCCCUUAUUGAUAAAUUGGUCAAUCCUCAAAGCGCCGAGGACCUUCGUGAUCCUGAGCUCUCACAGCCCCUUGUAACCGCUCUUCAGCUUGCAAUCCUGGCUGUUUUGAAUGGUGCUGGUAUCAGAUGCAGCUCUGUUGUUGGCCACUCAUCUGGAGAAAUUGCCGCUGCUGUCAUGGCUGGUAAAAUUACUGCCGAGCAGGCCAUCAAGAUCGCUUACUACCGAGGCAAAGCAACUUCGAAUGCUCAAUUCGAAACCGAAGUGGGUAUGCUUGCAGCUGGACUGGGAGCCGAAGCUGUACAACCCUAUCUGAAAGCCACAUCCAUUCAGGUCGCCUGUAUCAACAGCCCAGAUAGCGUAACGCUUUCUGGGGACCGCUCGGAACUGCAAAACAUUGAGCAGAAGAUCAAGGCCGACGGCCACUUUGCUCGUCUGCUUCUGGUCAAUGCGGCCUAUCAUUCUAAGCAUAUGAACGUGGUGGCGAACGAGUAUCAGACCAUGUUAGAGAAACAUGUUGAUUGGCCGCAGACAAGCUCCAAUUCUGCCACUAUGUUCUCGUCCACUUUGGGGGAAAUGGUCGAGGAUGAUCUCGGACCGAGCUAUUGGGUGCGUAACAUGGUAUCACCAGUUCUGUUCAACCAAGCCGUUCAGCAAAUGAUCUCCUCGUCGGAGGGGGUCGAUUUGUUGAUCGAGAUCGGGCCAAGCAACGCCCUUGCUGGACCAAUCAACCAAAUCAAGAAGGCCGUUUCAUCCUCCACCGACUAUAUUUCCUCCUGGAAACGAGGCCCUGAUGCACUGAACGCCAUGCUGGGAUUGGCUGGACAGCUCUUCAUCAUGGGAUGCCCGAUUCAACUAGGUCAAGUGAACAAGGACACUCAAGCAGCAAAACCAUCAAUGAUCGUCGAUCUUCCGAAUUACGCAUGGAACCACGCCACCAAAUACUGGCACGAGAGCGAGGCAAGCAGCGACUGGCGGUUCCGCAAGUUUGUUCAUCAUGAUCUGCUCGGUAACAAAAUCCUGGGCACUCCAUGGACUCAGCCGGUGUGGAAGAAAGUCAUGAAGGUGGAUGACUUGCCGUGGCUUCGGGACCACAAGCUCGGUGAUAGCGUGAUCUUCCCCGCCUCUGGCUAUAUUGCCAUGGCUAUCGAAGCCAUAUUUCAAAAGGCCAAGGCCCUGGGUCAUCUUCCUGAUGCAGUCAGCGUCAACCAAGUAUCAUACAAGUUGCGAAAUAUCACUUUCUUCCGCGCGCUGCCCAUAGAUGAAGAAUCUGGCAACACUAAGAUUAUGCUCGCGCUUAAUCCAUGUGCCAGCACCAAGGACAGUUGGCAUGAAUUCAAGAUCUCAUCCGUCUCAAAGGACAUUAACAACGAUCAUUGCCAGGGGCUUGUCAGUCUAUCUGAAGAGGGUAUUCAAGUGGGACCCGCGAGCGACCUUCUGCCUCUUCUCCACGGUACUCCCGCCUCGACGUGGUACAAGGCAAUGCGAGAUGUGGGAUACAGCUUUGGUCCCAGUUUCCAACAGCAGCUGCAAAUCGAGUCAACUGCUGGUCAGCGCUCGAACCGAGCCACUGUCUCUUUGCUGGAACCACAAUCCAAAACACCGCAGUCAUUGUAUCCAAUGCAUCCCGUGAGCAUUGACUCUUGCUUCCAGGCGGGCGCACCGUCUCUCUGGUCCGGCCACCGAAGCUCCGUCAAUAGUUUGAUGCUGCCGGCUAUGAUAGAUGACCUGACCGUGAUGGCGCAAGCAUCUUCCCCGGAAACAGGAUUAGCUGUUGCAGAUGCAGAGUUCGCCGGCAUUGGAAGACAUGAUGAUCCCCGCCGGUUUAAGUCGAAUGUCAAGGUGUAUGACCCAGUCAAUGGGAAUUUGCUCUUCCGACUUUCUGGCCUUCACUACCACUCCCUUGACGCUACCGUGGAGAGUCAUGCGGCGCACACGUACACGUGUUUGAAAUGGCAACCAGACAUCUCUUUCCUUUCCAAUGAUCAACUUGCUACCUUGCUUGAGGCAUCAGAGUCUGGAAGCAGCACUGACAAGGCUGUUGCCAAGAUUGGACAGGUCAUCAACCUUGUUGCUCACAAGAAUCCUCGUCUGCGGGUCUUGGAGCUGGACUUGGUUGACAAACCCGAAAGUGUUUGGAUUGAUCGCAUCAUGCCCAUCGCCUCUGAUAUUGCCACUGACCUUGAGUACCAUCUAUCGGUGCCAUCCCAAAACUCCGCUAUCUCCGCACGGUCCAAAUAUGGAAGCUCGAAGGUGGAGUUUGGUGUUCAUGACAUCGAUGCGCCAUUUAGCGACAUGGAAGACAAGGACGCAUAUGAGAUCAUCAUUUUAAAGGCAUCUCCUUACCACCCGCCCUCGGCUACCGAUAUUGAAAAGGCCAGGGAUCAUCUUUCCCAGAGAGGCUUCCUUUGCGUCUUGUACGACACGAGUGUAGUCGAAGGAAACCUAUUCACCUUUGGCGGCUUGGAAAGCAUUUCUACCACGCAAUCUCCGCAGAAUUCUGGCGAGCUCCAACUUGCCUACUUUGGAUCUGCUGUGGCCAAAGAAACUCCCCCAUCCAGGUCUCCGCUGCAUGUCGCGCAUUUCAAGCCCUCGAGUGAACUCAAAUCGAAGGCCCUUGGCCAUUUCAUCGAGGAUGGGUGGGAGGUUAUCGAACAUUUCUUGCCGUUCAACGAUAUUCCUGAGAAUGGGACUGUUGUGGUACUGGAUGAGAUGGACUCUCCAGUCAUGUCUCAUUUGAGCGACGAACAAUUUGAGUCUUUCCGGAACCUCGUUCAACGCCGAUGUCGAAUUCUAUGGGUCACACGAGGUGCGCAGAUGCAGGUGACGCACCCUGAGCAUGCCCUCUUUUUCGGCACCGCGCGAUCGCUAUAUGGAGAGGACCCGACCUCUCUAAUCAUGGUGUUGGACGUUGAGCAUACAGAUGGAGAAGCCAGUCUAGGUGCUCUUGAUUCGGUAUUGAAACGUCUUGUUUCUGCUGAGAUGUUGAAAGAUGAGGAUCACGAAUUCGUCGAGAGGGGCGGGAUGGUUUAUAUCAGCCGAAUCGUUCCGGACAAGGCGGUCAAUCAGGCCGAGAAGGACAGCGUCCUGGGCCCGGAGGCUCAAGAACAGUCACUGCAUGGUCAUCAGUCCACUGUGAGACUCAUUAGCACGCGGACUGGAACCAUUGACAGUCUGCAGUAUGCAGUGCAGCCCGACGACGUAUUUGGAAAUCGUGACGUGGAGAUUGAGGUGCAUGCAGCAGCCCUCAACUUCAAGGACCUGGCGCAUGCCUUGGGCUUCGUUGCAUCCAAUGAGCGUCGGCUGGGGCUGGAAUGUACUGGAAUUGUCACUCGACGAGGUAAGGAUGCGAAGUCUGUUUCUAUUGGAGAUCGUGUACUGCUCAUCCGGAAGGAUGGAGGUGGCUUCGGCAAUAGAGUCAUCAGUACAGUGGAGGGCGUCCAGCGGAUUCCGGAUUGGAUGUCAUUUGAGGAUGCCUCCACCCUCGGAGUUUGCUUCAUGACAGCCAUAUACAGUCUUAUCGAUUUGGCCAACACACAACCAGGACAGACUGUUUUGAUCCACGCCGGUGCGGGAGGUGUCGGAUUGGCCGCUAUCCAAAUCUGCCGCUACUUGCAGGCCGAGAUAUACGUGACCGUUGGUUCCGAGGAGAAGCGACGCUUCUUGAGAACAGAAUACGGCAUCCCAGAAGACCACAUGUUCUCGUCGCGGUCGAUAUCCUUUGCUGCCGAUCUCAUGCGGGCCACCAACGGCCGUGGGGCUGAUGUGAUCCUGAACUCGUUGACGGGUGAUAUGCUGCACGAGUCUUGGCGUUGCCUGGCCCCCAAUGGAAACUUCAUUGAGAUUGGUAAGAAGGAUCUGCUUGAUCGGAACAGCAUCUCCCUGGCACCAUUUAGUCACAAUGCUUCAUAUCGGUCAUUCGACCUGUCACUCAAGGCGGUCUCCUUGCCCACAUUCGACCGCUUGAUGAAGCAAAUUUUCGCCUUCGUCAAUGAUGGUGUCAUCAAACCGCUUCCCAUCUGUAAGACAUUCUCCUUUGCGGAUAUUGCAGAUGCUUUCCGUUACAUGCGAGAUGGAAAGCAUAUUGGCAAGAUUGUGGUGUCGGAUGAGAACCGCGAUGCUGUUCGAGUUCCUAUCAUUCCUGCCCUUCCGGCUCUGAAACUGAGAGAUGAUGUUACAUACCUUAUUGCUGGCGGGUUCAAGGGUCUGUGCGGCAGUCUCGCCCUCUACCUAGCCCGCAUCGGGGCCAAGAAUAUCGCGGUCAUGUCCCGCAGUGGAUACGACGAUUCUGCUUCUCAAAGUAUCAUCUACCAUCUAAAGGCCAUGGGAACUCACAUAGACUUGAUCCAAGGCGACAUCACCAAUGUCGAGGAUGUGCGACGAGCAUUCGCCUCUACCAACAAGCCGGUCGGUGGGAUUAUCCAAGGUGCAAUGAUUUUGCGGGACAAAAUCUUCCCCAGAAUGACGCCAGAUGAGUUCCGAACGCCCAUCGAUCCCAAGGUAAUCGGAACCUGGAACCUGCACAACCUGGCCAUAGAAAACAACCUCAAACUAGACUUCUUCACUCUCCUGUCUAGUGUGAGUGGUGUCGUUGGUCAAAAGGCCCAAGCCAACUACAGUGCUGGUAACGUCUUCCAAGACUCCUUCGCAGUCUACCGACAUGCCCUUGGUCUCCCAGCAUGCUCUGUCAACUUGGGAGUGAUUGAGGAUGUGGGAUACUUCACGGAUCGCGACAACCUCAGUCGUAGAUUGGAGUCGCAGGGUUGGACACCCAUUAAUGAAGCUCUGCUGCACAAAAUCUUACGCUUUUCGAUUCUCCAGCAAACAUCGCCAAUCAACCCCGAUAGCAUGUCGCAGCUCAUCACGGGUAUUCCCGUUCCUUUGCUUCCCACUGCACCUAUGCAACCAUUCCAUCGGUGGAGCGCAUUGAGGCCCACGGCCGCAGCAACUGGUGCUGUGGGGGGCGACAGCCAAGAGAGCCACUUAGCCACACUCAAGAACGCAGGGGCUUCCCCGAGUGACAACGUGGACCACCCAGCUCUUCUAACAUCGGCUGUGGAAGUUGUGAAUGCAGUUUUGAUGCGUAGUCUUGGUUUGAAGACCCCGUUGGAAGUAAGUCGGCCACUAGCCAGCUACGGAAUCGACUCCCUGGUCGCAGUUGAGUUGCGAAAUUGGACCAGGUCGGAACUUGGUAUUGAGACGAGUGCCUUGGAUAUUGUGGGGGCCAAGACCUUGGUGUCGCUUUGCGAGCUUAUUCUAAAGAGAUUGCUGGCAUAA